GUUAUGCAGCGUACAUGAGAAGGGUAAACGUAUUGGGAAGUCAGUUGUAUAUGAAAUGUUACAACUUGAGCACCUAAGAUAAAGUUGCCAGUCCAAAAGGAGUUUGCUCACAGAGCAAGCUGAAAAGAUGUACCGAAAUGCAUUUUCCACAUUCAGCGUAAACAUAGCGACACUUUGUCGACUUCUCAGUCGGACCAUGGCUUCUGACACGGUCACCCGGUUCGAUUUUCUGGUCAUAGGCGGUGGAUCUGGGGGGCUGGCCGGUGCCCGGAGGGCGGCGGAGUUGGGGGCUUCCACCGCCGUGAUCGAGAGUCACAAACUUGGAGGUACCUGCGUGAACGUGGGCUGCGUCCCGAAGAAGGUAAUGUGGAAUGCGGCCGUGCAUGCCGAGGUAGCCCAUGACCGAGCGGACUAUGGUUACCUUGGUGCCAAUACUCAGUUCAGCUGGCACAUGCUCAAAAGCAAGAGGGAUGCCUACGUUGGGAGACUAAAUCAGAUCUAUCAAGGGAAUCUCGAUAAGGCAAACAUUGAGUCCAUCCAUGGCCUUGCGUCCUUCACUGACGACCCUGAACCCACAAUAGAGGUCAAUGGGAAGAAGUACACGGCACCACACAUUCUCAUUGCCACAGGAGGGCGCCCGUCUGUUCUCAGUGAUAAUGAGAUCCCAGGUGCGAAUCUUGGCAUCACCAGUGAUGGUUUCUUUGAACUUGAUACCCUACCCAAACGCAGUGUUAUUGUGGGGGCUGGGUAUAUUGCGGUGGAGAUGGCUGGUAUCCUCUCCACUUUGGGGUCCAAGACAUCGGUCAUCAUUCGACAGGGUGAGGUAUUGAGGAACUUUGAUUCCUUCAUAAGCGCAAGUUGCACCAGAGAGUUGGAAAAUGCUGGGAUUGAAUUAUGGAGGAACACACAGGUGAAGUCAGUCAGGAAAAUGAACCAAGGCCUGGAGGUCACACUGGUCACCAGAGACCCAGAGAAAAAGGAAGAGGACAAGAUCGGAGUCAUUGAUGAAGUGGACUGUCUUCUCUGGGCUAUAGGCAGAGAACCGAACACUAAUGGACUCAACAUCAGUCAGAUGGGUGUGGAGGUUGAUGAGCGGGGUCACAUUGUGGUGGAUGAAUUCCAAAAUACCACCCGUCAAGGAAUCUACGCGGUUGGAGAUGUUUGCGGCAAAGCCCUCCUUACUCCUGUUGCUAUUGCCGCCGGCCGAAAGCUUGCCCAUCGCCUCUUUGAAAACAAGCCAGAAUCCAAAGUGGAUUACAGCAACAUUCCCACCGUGGUGUUCGCCCACCCACCUAUAGGCACCGUGGGGCUCACAGAGGAGGAGGCCAUUAAGAGCUGGGGGAAGGAGAACCUGAAGACAUACCAAACCUCGUUCACGCCCAUGUACCACGCCGUCACGACCCGCAAGACUCAGUGUGCCAUGAAGCUUAUCUGCGUGGGCAAGGAGGAGAAGGUGGUUGGCCUCCAUAUGCAGGGCCUUGGCUGCGAUGAGAUGCUGCAGGGGUUUGCUGUUGCUAUCAGGAUGGGUGCCACCAAAGCUGACUUUGACAACACCAUUGCCAUCCACCCCACCUCCUCAGAAGAGCUGGUGACCAUGCGCUAAUGUCAAGACCAUCAGCACCCUCUUUCUAUGCACUGCCUUGCCGGUAUAUAUAUAUUUCUAGAAAAAAUACAUAUAUAUACAUAUAUAUAUAUAUAUAUACAAAAGAAAAAACAGCAGACUACGGGAAAGGGGAUAUUUGCACACACUUUCUAUGCUACUGUUUGACCAUAAGGUACCACUGUGACUUAGUCUUGUGUUGUGCUUCUCGUAUACAAGCAUUGAGAGACAUCUGGAUGGACCAAAAGAAUGAAGUGCCGGUGUACUCCAGAGCAGGUUUCUCGGAUUUGAACCAUUUACAAACUCCAGUGUAUAUGAAGUGGACUUGCUUAGGCAGUGAUCUGUCAAGUGGUCGCAAAGAAAGUGGUGUCAAUUUCCCAACUCUGGUGUUUGCACGUUUAAUUGCCAAGCGCUUCUUUACAAAAUUACAAACAGGACCCCGCUUCAGCUUGGUCACCAUUUCACCAAAUGUGUUGUAAAUUAUUAUUUUAAUAAAUCUGGAAUUUUUAGUAAACCGUUGUACCUUGUUGACGUGUUUUGUAUUGUUCUAGAUCUGAAAAAUUAAAUAUCUAAUUUGUUGUUCAA